AUUUUUGUGUCCUUACGACUUUCAGAGGUCAAAUUCGGGUCAUUUUAUCUUAUCGCGGGUGCUCGUGAAGGACCAGCAGGAAAGUGAAAGCUCCCGUUUAAAAAGAAAUUAAAUUCAUCAAAAACAUGGGGCGAAAAUUUGUGGUAGGAGGAAAUUGGAAGAUGAACGGUGACAAGAAACAGAUCUCCGAAAUAAUCGAGUUCCUUAAGGCUGGUCCUUUACAUCCGGACACGCAGGUUAUCGUCGGGGUGCCCGCGAUUUAUUUGGAGCACGUCAAACAGAGCGUACCGUCGAACGUCGAGGUGGCCGCUCAGAAUUGCUACAAAAUUCCCAAGGGUGCUUUCACUGGCGAGAUUUCUCCUGCUAUGAUAAAGGAUAUUGGCGUAAACUGGGUCAUCCUGGGUCACUCGGAGAGACGUAAUGUGUUCGGGGAGAGUGACGAGCUGGUCGCCGAGAAAGUGGCUCACGCUUUAGAUUCCGGCCUGAAAGUAAUCGCCUGUAUCGGUGAGAAAUUGGAGGAACGAGAGGCCGGUCAAACUGAGGCGGUCGUUUUCAGACAGACCAAGGCUAUUGCCGAUAAAAUUAAAGAUUGGUCACAUGUCGUCAUUGCAUAUGAGCCAGUCUGGGCGAUAGGAACUGGUAAAACUGCAACACCGGCGCAAGCACAAGAAGUUCACAAAGCGCUUCGUGGCUGGUUGUCUUCCAAUGUGAGCGCCCAAGUGGGGGAGACAGUUUCAAUUCAGUAUGGUGGAUCGGUAACUGCAGCUAAUUGCAAGGAACUUGCCUCACAACCGGACAUUGAUGGAUUUUUGGUCGGUGGUGCUUCUCUGAAACCCGAAUUUGUGAAUAUUGUUAAUGCUAAGCAAUAAAAUGUAAUGACUUGUAAUUGUUGUUAGUUGUGAGCUGGAUGUAGUUUACUUUGUGCAUUGUUACGCCUAUUAUAUGCACACUGAACAAUAUCCAAUAAACAAAAGGAGAACAAAA